GCAUUGGCGCCAACACUAUCAGCAUCUCGAGCGGCAAGAUCUUUGAGGGCUGCGGAACCAUCAACGUGGGCAACAAGUCUGGCCGCGGGGCCAUCGAGUCCCUCGGCACGAGCAACGUGCAGAUCCCAUACCUCACCAUGACGGGCAAUCCGUACUUUGGCCUGCGGUUCUACGGCACGUCUGGCCUGUCCCUAGGAAUCAUCACCAUGAACCUCAGCGGUGGCCUGGGGAUCCGGUUCGACCGGGACAACGCGGGCAGCACCAACGUGAGGAUGGACACUAUCAGCGUCACCGGCGCCGGCAGCCACGCGGUCGAGACGUGGAACAUUGACGGCCUGACCAUCAACAAGGUCAUUGCGCGCAACGUGGGCGAGUGCGGGCUGCUCCUGCAGACCACGACCAACGCCCGCGUGGGCCUGGUCGACGGCAACAAUGUCGCCGCCGGUAACGGCUACGCGACGUUCCGCAUGGCCAACCGCAACGGCCGCCGGGCGGAUGGGAGCUAUGCCACCAACGUCUAUGUGGACUCGGUCGUCUCGCGUGGUGGCGGCCGCGGCAUCUUCUGCGUGUCCGAGUCGGGCGGUGCCGAGAUUGCCAAGGUCGACCUGGCCAGCAACGGCAACAAUGCGAUCCUCAUUGAGAACUGCUACGGCGUCAACAUCAAGAGCGGUACGGUCAACGGCGGCGGCGAGAUCCGGAUCGCUGCCCGCAGCGAGUUUGCCAACACUCGCGACAUCAGCAUCUCCCUGACCGCCAACAAUGUGGCGGUGCGCGAGUCGCCUUGUGGCAGCAACAUCAGGUGGAACAUUGCUGGUAAUGCUUCCAAGAACAUCUGCUGAAGCUUCCUGGGCCUCGAGCGAUAGUGCUCACUCGGUAUUUUCUUUGUUUCAAAAGCCUCAAGUACAUACCAAUCCGCAAAUCGAGCCUCCGAUAUCGAAAAAGUUGAACAACC